GCUUUAACUUCGAAAAGUCCCAAAGAAAAUUAUAACAGUUCUUGGCGGCUUGACACCAUGGGUUUCCUUGCUUUGCUUAUGUUCGUUGUGCUAAUAUCAUCUAUUGUAGCGCCAGCAGCAACUCAAAAUAGGAGUCGCUGCUCUGAUCGUUGUGGAAAUUUAACCAUUCCAUAUCCUUUUGGUUUCGACGGGUGUUAUCUAAGCCCGGAGUUCCUCAUCACCUGCAACGAUAGUUUCAGCCCUCCGCAGCCAUUUCUGAGGAAAUCAAAUAUCAAGGUCACAAACAUAACUCUAGAUGGCAAGUUGGAAAUCGCCACAGUUGCUGCCCGAGAUUGCUACAACCAGUCGGGCGCACAUCAGCCGGGAUUCCGACGACAUAUCCUCAAUUUGUCAAAUUUCACAAUCUCAAAAUCCCGAAACAAGUUCACUGUUAUUGGCUGUGACAGUUAUGCAUACCUCGAAGGCUUUCGACAUGGGAAAUUGUAUAAGUCGGGGUGCAUGUCUGUCUGUGCUGAGCGUGGAUUCGUGGACGAUAACUCUUGCUCCGGCAGUGGGUGUUGCCAGACAGAGAUUCCUGACGGACUAUACCGCUCUAAAGUCUCUGCACGCAGCUUCAACAAUCACACCAAUGUCUCAAAUUUCAACCCCUGUACUUACGCCUUUAUUGUAGAAGAUAGCAAAUUUAAUUUCUCCUUCAAAUACCUUCAAAAUAUAUCAAAUACUACAGAAUUCCCAAUGGUGCUUGAUUGGUCAAUCAAGUACAACACAAGCGCCUGCAAGGAUCAUGCCCAAAGCUAUCAGCCACCUGACAACAUUUCGGGGUAUCUUUGUAAAUGCAAGACGGGUUACCAGGGGAACCCGUACGUUGGAUGCCAAGAUAUCGAUGAAUGCGAAAAUGAAAAUGACUGCACAGAUAAAUGCACUAACACGAAUGGAAGCUACACAUGUUCUUGCCCGAAGGGAUACCAUGGAGAUGGAAGAAAGGGAGGAAAAGGUUGCACCCCCAAUCAAUUGUCACUUGUUAGAAUCAUUCUAGGUAUUGGCAUAGGCUUUACAGCCUUGGUUGUUACUGCCUCCUGGCUUUACUUGGUCUUCAGGAAAAGAAAGCUCAUCAAGCUAAAGGAAAAAUUCUUCCGGCAAAAUGGUGGCGCCAUCUUACAACAGAAACUUUCUAGACGAGAAGGAACCCCUGAUCAUACGGCAAAAAUCUUUACAGCAGAGGAGUUGAAGAAGGCCACUGAUAACUAUGACGAGAAUACAAUCAUUGGCAAAGGAGGUUUCGGCACUGUUUAUAAAGGAAUUUUAACAGAUAACAGACUAGUUGCCAUCAAGAAGUCAAUAACAGUUGAUCAAAACCAAAUAGAACAAUUCAUUAAUGAGGUGGUGGUGCUGUCCCAAAUUAACCACAAGAAUGUGGUCAGGCUCUUGGGUUGUUGUUUAGAGACUCCAGUCCCAUUACUAGUUUAUGAAUUCAUCACCAAUGGUACCCUCUUCGACCACAUACACAAUGAAAGCAAUGGAUUGCCAGCCCUCUCAUGGCAUACCCGUCUAAAGAUAGCUGCAGAAAUGGCAGGAGCAUUGUCCUAUUUGCAUUCAGCAGCUUCUGUGCCAAUCAUCCACAGAGAUGUCAAGACUACCAACAUCCUCUUAGAUGCUGAUUACACUGCAAAAGUGUCUGAUUUUGGAGCUUCAAGGUUGGUUCCACUGGAUGAGACUCAGUUAUCAACUAUGAUGCAAGGAACUUUGGGAUACUUGGACCCAGAAUACCUGCUCACAAGCCAAUUGACUGAUAAGAGUGAUGUGUAUAGCUUCGGAGUAAUACUUGUGGAGCUACUGACAAGUAUGAAGGCACUCUGCUUUGAUCGUCCCGAGGAAGAGAGAAGUCUGGCUAUGUAUUUUCUUUCUUCUGUGAAAAGGGGAAAAUUGUUUGAGGUUCUUGAUAGUCGUAUCACAAAUCAAGGAAAGGAAGAGCAGAUUGAGGAAGUAGCGAGGUUAGCCGCAAGUUGCUUAAGAUUGAAAGGGGAGGAGAGGCCCUCUAUGAAGGAAGUUGCAAUGGAAUUGGAGGGCCUGAGAAUGGUGGAAGUGCAUACAUGGCCUCAAGUGAACCCAGAGGAGACAGAGCACUUGCUUGGUGAGCAAUGCAACGAUUUUGGACAUGGAGAUGAUAGCACUGCAAGUGCUAGCUAUGAUAGCAUGAAAAACCAUGUAAUUUUAUCAGUAGGUGAUGGCAGAUGACUUUUUUAUUAUUAUUUUCAAUUU